AAGACACUUGCUUACUCAGACAGAAUUAUUGUAGUGGGGAGUAGCAGCUGAUUGAAAAUAGUCUAUUAUUGUUCUUUUUCGUGUUAAAAUGUUUGAAUUCUCAAACUAUUUUUUAAUUUGAGUGUAUACGAUCGUCUCUACCAUAAAUGUUAAUACAUUUUUUGUCUGAUAAUUGUUGAAUUCAAUUUUAAAGGCCAAGUCUGACAGUUGAACAUCUGACGUUUAUUUUUCCCAGAGCAGUGACGAAACAGCUGUCAAGGAGGAUUAUACAAAUGGCGCAACGCUAGGAAUUUUGUUAAUAAAUUCAUCUAUAAUGUCAGCUGAUUCGCCUCGAAGAUUAUCUCGAAAAGGUAGUACGGGCCAUGUCGUCCUUCCUCAACCCGUGAGUGACCCUUCCAUUAUUGACAGUGUUGCUGGAUUCAUUCAUGAAGUUAUACCUCAGGCUUACUCAAGUGUUCUGCCAGGCGACUCUAGGGAAAGCGUAGUACGGGCCAGAUUCGAGCAAGCCGAUUAUAACGAUCCAUCACUUUAUCCCGAGGCUGGUGAGGAUUGUGAUUCAACUCCACCUCUGCUAUUGGUGCUCGGUUAUAGCAAUGGCGUACAGGUGUGGAGCAUUGGGUCGAGUGGAGAAGCGGUUGAAGUUCUCUCAUGGAAUCAACGCGUUGUGCGCACACUCCGCUUUCUCCCCUCUCCUCACUCCUCCGCCUCCACCACCUCCUCCUCUUCCUCUCCUCUCUCGGAUCCGUUCGCGCAUAAGCGGCCUCUCAUUGCACUAGUGGACAAUUCGGGCCCUCCGCCCCACUUUUCAACAUGUAGCUUCAUUUCGCUGCAAGCUGGUGAUCAGGUGAAGAGCAUAAAGUUCAAGAAUCCGAUCUGCGAUGUGCUGGCCAAUCGGCGCUCGAUUGUGGUGACGUUUGUGGAGCGAAUCGCCGUGUUCGAUGCGGCAACAUUGGAGGACAGGCUCACCAUCACCACCUGCUAUCCAAGUCCCGGCGUGUGUCCCAAUCCGGUCGCACUAGGACCCAGAUGGCUGGCGUUCGCCGACAAACGCCUUGUGUCGUGGUGGCGUUCGGUGGGCGGAAGCGACGAGGGAGGCGCCCAUGGCUCGUACACGGCAAGCGUGCUGCACGCGGCCAUGUCACUCGGCAAGGGACUGCGAGGCCUCAGUGCACACUUGACUCAGACAACCUCAGCCUCGGCCUCAGCUUCCUCGCCGACACUCGUCAACGGCACAGACGCCAACGCAACGCCUGGUGUGGUCACUGUCAUCGAUAUUCAGGGCAACUCGUGGCAGAACGGAGGUGGUGGAGCGGGCGCCCUUGGCGAGAACAUAGUGGCGCACUUUGUCGCCCACCACAUGGAGCCGCUAGUGGCGUUGGCCUUCGACCCGAGUGGCAUGCUGCUGUUGACAGUUGACAAGCGAGGCCACCGCUUCCAUUUGUUUCGCAUUCAGCCACAUCUCAGUGGAUCCAGUAUGAGUGAGGUGCAUCAGCUCUAUACGCUCUACAGGUCUGUAUCAAACAAACUAUCACAAACCAGCUGGCCGGCGAACUUUGCUUACUCAAGUGUUCUGCCAGGCGACUCUAGGGAAAGCGUAGUACGGGCCAGAUUCGAGCAAGCCGAUUAUAACGAUCCAUCACUUUAUCCCGAGGCUGGUGAGGAUUGUGAUUCAACUCCACCUCUGCUAUUGGUGCUCGGUUAUAGCAAUGGCGUACAGAUCCUAUUUGUUCAGUGUGGAGCAUUGGGUCGAGUGGAGAAGCGGUUGAAGUUCUCUCAUGGAAUCAACGCGUUGUGCGCACACUCCGCUUUCUCCCCUCUCCUCACUCCUCCGCCUACACCACCUCCUCCUCUUCCUCCCCUCUCGGAUCCGUUCGCGCAUAAGCGGCCUCUCAUUGCACUAGUGGACAAUUCGGGCCCUCCGCCCCACUUUUCAACAUGUAGCUUCAUUUCGCUGCAAGCUGGUGAUCAGCGUUGCCAAAUCGUGCUGGCCAACCGGUGUUUGAAUGUGGUGCAGUUUGGGGAGCGCAUAGCCUUGUUCGACGCGGCAACAGUUAGUCGACGCGGCAACACAAAGACUAUCGCUAGUCAGAAUGAAACUAUCAAGUAUCUCCGUUCCGAAAAUGUAGAAUUGAAGCAUAAAGUGAUUAAACUCAGUAGUGAAUUUGAUGAUUUGGAACAAUAUUCGAGAAGAGAAUGUAUCGAAAUAAACGGUGUUCCCGAGGCGAUAAAUGAAAAUUUGCAAAAGCUAUUCCAGGAUGUAGGGAAAGCAAUUAAAUUUAAAAAGGGCUACGAGGCAGUCAGCUGUUGUCAUCGACUGAAAAAGCGCAACAAUCAAGCUACACCUGGGAUAAUAGUAAAGUUCACGAGGAGGGAGGAUGCGGAGGACUUCAUUCAGUUGAAGAAGGAUAAGGGAGUUCUAACUACACGUGAUAUUGGUCUGACUGGAGCCAAUCACAUAUUCAUCAACGCAUCGUUAACGGCAAAGCGUAGAGUCCUGUUCGGGAAGGCCAGACAGCUGGUGAAAGCCGCUAAAAUCAAAUACCUGUGGGUGGAUCGAGCUGGAAGAAUCAAGGCAAGAGUUGUGGACGGUGGACCUGUAUCUAAGACUAUCGCUAGUCAGAAUGAAACUAUCAAGUGUCUCCGUUCCGAAAAUGUAGAAUUGAAGCAUAAAGUGAUUAAACUCAGUAGUGAAUUUGAUGAUUUGGAACAAUAUUCGCGUAGAGAAUGUAUCGAAAUAAACGGUGUUCCCGAGGCGAUAAAUGAAAAUUUGCAAAAGCUAUUCCAGGAUGUAGGGAAAGCAAUUAAAUUUAAAAAGGGCUACGAGGCAGUCAGCUGUUGUCAUCGACUGAAAAAGCGCAACAAUCAAGCUACACCUGGGAUAAUAGUAAAGUUCACGAGGAGGGAGGAUGCGGAGGACUUCAUUCAGUUGAAGAAGGAUAAGGGAGUUCUAACUACACGUGAUAUUGGUCUGACUGGAGCCAAUCACAUAUUCAUCAACGCAUCGUUAACGGCAAAGCGUAGAGUCCUGUUCGGGAAGGCCAGACAGCUGGUGAAAGCCGCUAAAAUCAAAUACCUGUGGGUGGAUCGAGCUGGAAGAAUCAAGGCAAGAGUUGUGGACGGUGGACCUGUAUCUAUCUACAGGAAGAUUGAUUGCCAUAAUGACUCUGUUCUGCUGCAAAGUGACCUGGAUUUUGUCUCGGGGUGGUGCACGGAUAACGGCCUCGAUCUCAAUGUUGGCAAAUGUAAAUUUAUGGUCUUCACUCAAAACAGAAUCGUCCUUGUCCUUUGGGGUUUCCAACUGGUGUGUUGCGCAGCAUGUUUGGCUUUGAGACUUUGGCAUCCAGACGGAAGAUGGCUGGCGUUCGCCGACAAACGCCUUGUGUCGUGGUGGCGUUCGGUGGGCGGAAGCGACGAGGGAGGCGCCCAUGGCUCGUACACGGCAAGCGUGCUGCACGCGGCCAUGUCACUCGGCAAGGGACUGCGAGGCCUCAGUGCACACUUGACUCAGACAACCUCAGCCUCGGCCUCAGCUUCCUCGCCGACACUCGUCAACGGCACAGACGCCAACGCAACGCCUGGUGUGGUCACUGUCAUCGAUAUUCAGGGCAACUCGUGGCAGAACGGAGGUGGUGGAGCGGGCGCCCUUGGCGAGAACAUAGUGGCGCACUUUGUCGCCCACCACAUGGAGCCGCUAGUGGCGUUGGCCUUCGACCCGAGUGGCAUGCUGCUGUUGACAGUUGACAAGCGAGGCCACCGCUUCCAUUUGUUUCGCAUUCAGCCACAUCUCAGUGGAUCCAGUAUGAGUGAGGUGCAUCAGCUCUAUACGCUCUACAGGGGCGAUACGACGGCGCGUAUCCAGGACGUGGCGUUCUCGUGUGACUCGCGUUGGGUGUCCGUGAGCUCGAUGCGUGGCACAACUCACAUAUUCCCCAUCACACCGUACGGAGGCUCCAUUGGUGUACGCACACACACUACACCGCAUGUUGUCAACAAAUUGUCACGGUUCCACCGUAGCGCAGGCCUGUCAGAGCGUCGUGACGGCGGUGGACGCAACAGCCCUGUGGGCAGUGGACACCACAGCGACGCGGGUGGGGGCGCCACGCCAGGGGUAGCUCCGCCCCUAACUCCGCCCCUGUCACAGCGCAGCCUGCACCAGCACCCCCAUUCACCAGUGGUGGUGCAGCCGCUAGCUCAACUGAAGCGACAUCAGCCGAUGCCUUCCCCGGCACAGACUGCUCAGGGCAGUCCUACGGCCAGUGGUGAUUGUGAAGCCGCUCAGGUGCGAGUAGCGGCCUGCUUUGGAGUGGCACGCGCCGCUCUGCCUCCGGGUCUGCUGCAAACGGGGAGCGGUGGCCAGUAUGGUGGGGUGGGGGGCGGUGGAGGUGGUGGCGUUGGAGGCAGUGGGGGCGGAGUGAUGACGUCACAGCAGCGCAAAUCUGACAGCAGCAUCUAUGUGAUGUCGGCACCCUCAGGGGCUUUGUUACAGUAUGACCUGGAGCCAAGACAUAUCGCCGGUCUAUCGAAGGACCGUGUCUCCGAUGACACGGCCAUUGAGCUGUUGGUGGACGCCAAGGCGGAAUGGCUGGUGAUGUGGCCGCCCCUCUUCAACCCGGUACAACCGCCCCUCGCCGCCUCCAGCCCCUUGCUGCAAGGGGCCAACUGCCCCCUGCUACAGGGGGGCAGCAACCGCCCCCACAACCACGCCAAGCCCAAUCCGCAUCAUGACGAGCACUGGUUGUCGCAGGUGGAGAUAGUGACUCAUGCCGAUCCGCAUAGGAGAUUGUGGAUGGGUCCACAGUUCACAUUCAAAACUUACAGUCUCUCAUCUAGGUGGAGGUCAAUGCCAAAGCAUCAGUAGCUUGGAGGACACCAGUUCGAGUUUCAGCUCUGCCAGUCGGGGCUGUUCCCCCACCCCCUCAUUUACAGACCACACCAACCUCAUCUUCAACAGCGAGCCAGUCUGACCCCAUAGUUAGCAAGCGACGUCAUAAAACAUGUCACAUGUAUAGUUGGUGGUGGCUCGAGAAAAAAUAUCUUGACCGUCCGAGGAUCGAACCCGGAGUCUCUGGUUUACAGCUUCUAUGUCGCCACCACACCUGUCAUGCAGCCUUCCGAUCCGAUUCAUGUCCGAUAUUACUGAUUAAAUGACGGACAUGUGUGGCAUGCAGCCGUUGUCAUCCGUGAUCGGAUCUGAGUUGGAUCGGAACACUGCAUGAGAGGUGUGACCUCGGCUUCACUACCUACGUUGUCACAAAACACCUGGGCUAACUAUGAUAUUAUCUAAUGUAUAGUUUAUAUAGUUAACAUUUUUUAGUGUUAUUGGCUUGUUCUUAUGCAUUAUGAGGUCCACGUUUAAUGGCAGUAUUUGAUUAACAUUGGUGUUGCUAUCCUUGUCUAUCAUUCGACAAAGCAGAUAGCGCUAUACUUUUUUACCUCCCAACGUAGCCAGAUCGAUUUUUAACAAUUUAGAAAUAUAAUCAAAAUAUUACAUCU